AUGACUAUCACUAAAGAAAAUUAUCCGAGUACUUUUAAAGGUUUUGGUGUCGAUAAGGCAGAAAACUGGAAUAAACCUAAGCUUGUUGAAUAUAAAGCAAAGGAUAUGACUCCAACAGAACUUUGCGUUAAGAUAGAAUGCUGUGGUCUCUGUGGAUCUGACGUUCACACAUUGAAGGGGCACUGGGCACCGCUUCAAAGAGAUGAUCUAGUUGUGGGACAUGAGGUUGUCGGAAGAGUUGUCAGUGUCGGAAGUCAAGUCUCUGAAUUUGAAAUAGGAGAAAGAGUAGGAAUUGGUGCGGCGUGCAAUUCUUGCCAUAAUUGUGUUAGAUGCAAAAAUGACAACGAACAAUAUUGCCGCAAGUUGAUCCAUACGUACAAUGCUUCAGACUGGAAGAGUGACAACUACGUGACACAGGGAGGUUAUGCAAAUUACACAAUAGCUGAUGAAAGUUUCACAUUUCAUAUUCCUGAGAACUUGGAAUCAGUUCAUGCAGCUCCCUUAAUGUGCGGGGGAUUGACAGUAUUUUCUCCUUUGGUCAGAGGAGUUGGCUUCGAUGCCAAAGGUAAAAAUGUUGGCAUAAUUGGUAUUGGUGGCUUGGGGCACAUGGCAAUUCAAUUUGCCGCUGCUAUAGGUGCUGAAGUUACAGCAUUCUCUCGCACUUCCUCCAAAAAGGAACAAUGCUUGAAGAUGGGAGCGAAAUAUUUUGUGGCCACUAACGAGGAUAAAGAAUGGUAUGAAAAUUAUGGUGACAAAUUUGAUAUGCUUUUAAAUUGUGCAUCUAGUUUCACUGACAUUGAUUAUUCUUCCUUUACCAAAGUAUUAAAGGUUGGAGCGGUAUUCACUACAGUAGGAGCCCCGCCUGUGUCUGAAAUGUUAUCUUUCUCACCUUUUCAGUUGAUUUUGAAUAAUCUUAAUAUAUGUGGAUCCAACAUCGGAAGUAAAAAGGAAGCAAUCAAAAUGUUAGAAAUUGCAGCUGAAAAAGGUAUCAAACCUUGGAUUGAAGAAGUGCCCAUCUCAGCAAAGGCUUGCGGCGAGUCUUUGGAAAGAUGUGACAAAGGUGAUGUUAGAUAUAGAUUUGUUUUCACUGAUUAUGAAAAUGCAUUUUGA